AUGGGCAAAAUCGAACUGGCAAAAACAAAUUACGAACGAGCACAAGAUUCCAAUCCAAACAAUGAUGAUGACGAUGAAAAGUUGGAACAAGAUUUUGAAGCACUUAUUCAAUUGAGCAAUACUUACAAAGUACCCCACCGUCGUGCUAAAGAACACAUUCUACAAAAUCUUACCAACGCACUUGAUGAAACUACGAAAGAUGAUCAUAAACGAUCAUUAGAAUUUCGUCUUGGAAAUUUUCAUUACGAUGCAAAGAAUCAUCGUGAAGCGAAUCGUUUCUGGGACCAAGCACGUAAAGGAGUAUCAUCUAAUCAAACUAUUACCGAAGCAAUUUUCAAUGAAUUAGUUCAGCAUCAUAAAACAAAGAUCUCAAGAGGUGACGAAAAUGCUGAAGAUCAUGAUGAAACCAGUGAUACGGACACUGAAGAGUAUGAUGAAACAAGUGAUACGGACACUGAAGACCAUGAUGAAACAAGUGAUACGGAAAAUGAAGACCAUGAUGGAAAAAGUGAUACGGAAAAUGAAAACCAUGAUGGAAAAAACAUUGAAGGAGAAAUUGCAAGUUCAAGACACCGAUAUUAA